GAUCAGCUGUGUCCAAUCACAGCUGAUCACAUCUGUCACGCUGACAACUCGAGAGGAGAGCUGGUAAUCGGCAUUCCGCGGAGGGAGAGGACAUGUACACUGAUCAUCAGGGCACUGAUGAUCUGUGUAGCCUCAGCAGUGCCACCUGUCAGUGUCCAUCAGUGCCUCAGUGCUCAUCAGUGCCCGUGCCAGUACCCAUCAGUGCCACAUCAAUGCCACAUAUCAGUGCCUACCAGUGCACAUCAUGCCACAUAUCAGUGCCCAUCUGAGCUGCCUUUCAGUGUCACCCAUCAAUACCAAUCAGUGCCAAUCAGUGCCAGUCAGUGCCACCUGUCAGUGCCAGUCAGUGCUGCCUAUCAGUGCUGCUUAUCAGUGCCAUGUAUCAGUACUGCCUUUCAGUGCCCAUCAGUGAUGCCUGUCAAUGCCCAUCAGUGCCACCUACCAGUGCCUCCUCAUCAG